AGGAGUGUCCACCUGUGCGAAGAGAUGUGCCAGCCCCAGCUGGCCCUGCUGCUCCUGCUUUCCUGCCCAUGGGCCAAUGCCAAUGCUCUGCAGGGUCAGAUUGUGGGGGGCCAUGAGGCUCAGCCCCACUCCCACCCUUACAUGGCAUACCUGAAGGUAGGGAUGUUCGCCUGUGGAGGCUUCCUGGUGGCCCCUGACUGGGUGAUGACAGCCGCACACUGCAUGGGGAAUGCCACAGUCAUCCUGGGGGCUCACAACAUCAACGAACCAGAAACGACCCAGCAGAUCCGGGGAGUUCUCAGAUACCACCAGCACCCUGAGUACGACCCCAACACCUAUUCUAACGACAUCAUGCUGCUCAAGCUUUCAGCAAAGGCCACUCUGAAUGACUACAUCAAGACCAUUCCACUGCCCAAGACCGGCAGCGACCUCCCCACGGGCACCAAGUGCAGCGUAGCCGGGUGGGGCCUGAUCGAUGAAGACCAGGUGACCAACAAGCUCUUUGAAACCAAAGUCUCCAUCUACAGCCACAGGAAAUGCAUCCGCUUCUAUCCGCAUCUCGACACCGGCAUGGUCUGUGCUGGCAGCUUCCACGAGCUCAGAGAUUCCAGCCAGGGAGAUUCUGGUGGGCCCCUGGUAUGCAAUAAGGUGGCACAAGGCAUCGUUUCUUUUGGGUACGCCAUCCCACCCGGGGUCUACACCCGCAUCUCCAACUACCUGCCCUGGAUCAAAAAAACCCUGAGGAAGUAGCAGCAGCAGCAGCACUCGCUCCAGCAUUGUGCGGCCCUGGAGACUGCACUGGUUUCCUUCCCGUCCCUGCUGAAAUCCUGACUCCCUCCUCUCUCCUUGGGAACCUGAGUGACCUGAUCCGUGCACGCAAGGGUCCCCUUCUUUCUGUUCGGAGGCUGCUGGCUGCCCCAUCCCCUGCCCAGCUCAGGCAGCCACUUCAGGGACACGUUAAUCGCCCUGGCAGAAGCAGGGAUCGUCCUAGAUGGCACCAGAAAGCGGCUGUGCUACAACGGACCCCGUUUCCUUCAGAGAUAACCCUCUCCCUGCUUGAACUUUGCUGCCCUUAAAACACCCCCAGUAAAC